AUGGGGGAUUUGGUUACACCUCAGCGUGCAAUGAAUUCUUGCGCUGUCACGCAGCAUUAUGAUGUAGAGCUUUCAGAAAGAAUGUGGAGUUCCCUGGUUGAGCUGAGGGUACAGUCUCUUGCUGGGAGAGGUGCUGCCCCUUGUAAUCUUCUGCAGAACUACCACAACCCUCAGUUUGGCACAGGCGUAGCAAAUUCCUACCUUUUCAUGGAGCCGCUGUUCCUUCUGUAUCCGGACUGCUUUGCAGAAUACACAGAUGAUACUGCCCUGAUUCCUAAGAAUUCAUCGGUGAUUGUUAGGAGAAUCCCUAUUGGAGGAGUUAAAGCUACCAGCAAAACAUACGUUAUGACUCCUAAAUCGCACAAAAUCCUAGAAACUGCUUUCAGAAGUCGAACUGAGCCAGUGAGUGGGACAUCAAAAGCAAUUGAUGACUCUUCUGCGUCUAUUUCUCUGGCCCAGCUUACUAAGACUGCCAAUCUGGCUGAAGCCAAUGCUUCCGAAGAAGAUAAAAUAAAAGCUAUGAUGACACAGUCUGGCCAUGAAUAUGAUCCUAUCAAUUACAUGAAAAAACCGUUGGGUCCACCUCCGCCAUCGUACACUUGCUUUCGUUGCGGAAAACCUGGCCACUAUAUAAAGAACUGCCCAACAAAUGGGGACAAAAAUUUUGAGUCUGUUCCCAGAAUUAAAAAGAGCACAGGAAUUCCAAGGAGCUUCAUGAUGGAGGUGAAAGAUCCCAAUACAAAGGGUGCUAUGCUGACAAACACUGGGAAAUACGCAAUACCGACUAUUGAUGCGUAAGUAUGGAAU